UUUUGUCCGCCAGGGUAUACUGGCUGUGAGAAAAGCCAGUCAAGCUACUACUACACAUUCAAGAAACCCGAUUAAGAAAAAUUCGAACGAUAUGAGCUGGAUGUCGUGAAUAAUCGGUUACUAAGAUUUUGGGUUUAAAGAAAAUUGGAGCAGGUUUUAUGGAUAUAUUGAACUACAUACGUAAAAUCCCAGUGUUCAACUCCUGGCACGAGAUACGAAAGAAUCAGGGUUGAGAAAGAACCCCAACCCGGCGAAUCCUACGUUCUACGCCGUUUGAUAGCUACUAGCCAGCUAACAGGAAGGCUAGCUGCUAUCUGGUCUCCCCUGGGUCCGUCUACCACUACUCUGAAGUUGGCAAGCUGGACAUUUUAUUUUUGAUACUUUGCGUUCGUUAUGUUUCGCUCGAAAUCAAUGGACUAUUCUGAUAGAGGAAACUUAACGUUACAGUAAACACAACGUCUGCGCAAGUUGAAGACAAAAAGGAUUUGAUGUUAGCGCGCAAGCUAAACUGAUUUAAAUUCGGGGCACAUAGGUAGAUCGCCUGUGGGCUCUGGACUUGUUAAUUGACAGUAUAUAUUCAGUUAGCUAGCUAUGUUUAUAUGUAGCCAACGAGCUGACAUUUCUGUUUACAAAUUGCACAGUGGGACUCUUUCCUGGUUCGAAUGUUGCAACGGAAAUAUUAGCUAACACAAGCUAGGUCUCUUGUUAGAUGUCAAUUGUCAAAGUUUUUUUUAACUACCGUAUACAUAAUACCUUGUUAAUUAGUCAGCUAUUGGUGAGGGUGACUAUCUUGUGCUCCCUGAUUUUUGCCUGCAGCAAACUAGCUGUUAACUAAUCCCACAAGGUUGUAACAAAUAAUACCUAAAAUUAGCCUGACAUUUUUCGACGAUGCCGGACUACUGUUAACGUCAUACCAUUUUUGUAAAGAAGGAACCAAUUGACGUGGCCUGAAAAACCAUCACAUAGUUGUCAUCACUGGUGUUACGCACGUCAGUUAGUAUCCAAUCAUUGGACCUUGUGUGUUGAUCAUCUAGCUAAUUAUCGUGGGUUUUGUAAUUGUAACGUGUCAGUGAAACAAUGUCUGGACAGUCUAUAACGGAUCGUAUCGCCGCGGCACAGCACAGCAUGACCGGGUCUGCUAUCAACAAAGCAGUGUGCAAGGCCACGACGCACGAAGUCAGCGGACCCAAGAAGAAACACCUUGAUUACCUGAUCCACUGCACCAAUGAGAUGAACGUGUCGGUCCCCCAGCUGGCAGACACCCUGUUUGAGAGGACGGCCAACAGCAGCUGGGUGGUGGUCUUCAAAGCCCUUAUCACCACCCACCACCUCAUGAUGUACGGCAAUGAGCGGCUCAUCCAGUACCUGGCGUCUAGAAACACCCUCUUCAACCUGAACAACUUCCUGGACAAAGGUGCUUUGCAAGGUUAUGACAUGUCCACGUUCGUCCGUCGGUACAGCCGCUACCUGAAUGAGAAGGCCAUGUCGUACAGGCUGGUGGCUGUGGACUUCACCAAGAUGAAGAGGGGCAUUGACGGGGUGAUGCGCACCAUGAACAUAGAGAAGCUCAUCAAGACGCUGCCUAUUAUCCAGAACCAGCUGGACGCACUGCUGGACUUCCAGGCUAACCCCAACGAGUUAACUAACGGUGUGAUCAACGCGGCCUUCAUGCUGCUGUUCAAAGACUCCAUACGUCUGUUUGCAGCCUACAACGAGGGAGUCAUCAACCUGCUGGAGAAAUAUUUUGAUAUGAAGAAAGGUCAAUGUAAAGAGGCAUUGGAUAUAUACAAGAAGUUCCUCUACAGAAUGACCAAACUGUCUGAGUUUCUCAGAGUAGCAGAGCAAGUCGGGAUAGAUCAGGGGGACAUCCCCGAUCUCUCACAGGCUCCUAGUAGUCUCCUGGAGGCCCUUGAACAGCACCUGGCCUCUCUGGAGGGGAAGAAGACCAAGGAACUCACCGCCGACACCAGGGCGUCCACCCUGUCCAGCGCAGUGUCGUCCCUGUCCAAUACUGGCAUGUCCUUCAGCCGUAUGGAUGAGAAGGAGAGACAGCAGGCCUUAGAGGAAGAGCAGGCCAGACUGCAGGCCCUCAAGGUACAGGACCAGCGUCUGAAGGAGAUUGGCAUAUCCACUCCUCCGUCGGCCUCCCCCAGCACACAGUCCAUGGGCAGUGUCAACAACAACCACCACACUAACCAUGGCAUGGAGCUAUUCAACACCCCGUCCACCAACAGCAUGCCCAACCUCAGCAGUGAUUUAUUUGACCUGCAGCCAACCUUCAUACCCACUGUCCAGAGCACUCCCUCUAUCUUGACAGCCGCCAACGCUUGGGGAGGUGCUGCUGAGCCAGAGUCCUCGAUGAGUGUAGAUUUUGAUGCAGUCUUCGGGGGCGGGACUAGAGGACUAGCCAAUAACAACGUGCAGCCUGCCGCCGAUGGCUUCGACGCUCUUGGUGACCUGUUAAAGCCAACUGUGCCCAGCCACAACCAGGCUCCGCCCAUGACCAUACACCACCAGGGUCACCCCCAUCCCGGUCACCCCCACCAAGGCGGCAAGCUACUGGCCAAUGACCUUGACUCAUCCCUGGCCAACCUCGUAGGCAAUUUGCAGUUUGGUGGAGCCCCAGCCAAGAAUUUGUCGCUGUGUGCCCCGGUGUUCAGGCCAGACAUGCAGUGGAACCAGCCCGGAGAGAAGAAGCUCACUGGGGGACAUGACUGGCAGAGCAAGACCAUGAGCACCACCACCGCCUGGAGCCCAGCCCCUAUGGCCCCGGGGCCGGUGCCUGUUCAACACGUGAAUGGGAUGUUCUAUACCAGUUAUACGCCGGCUCCUAUGGCGUUCCCCAUGACGACACCACAAGUGCCUCUGUAUGGAAUGGUUGCUCCUCAGAUGGGUCCAAUGGGGGGUGUCCAGGUGAUGACCCCACAGCCCAUGAUGUACAGCCAGCCUGUACUCAGACCCACCAACCCCUUCGCCCCCAUGCCUGGAGCCCAGAUGCAGUUCAUGUAAUUUUAUCAGGGGAAGCAGAGUGCCAAAAGCUACCAUGGAAAAAACACAGGACGAAAAUCACCCGGUAGAGAAACGAAUGAACAAAAGACAGACAUACAGACUAGCCAACAAGUGAAACGGAACUACCAUCAAGGGCAGGAGGAGAAGCGAAACAGAAGAAUGAACCCUGGAUGUGGAAAACGAAACGAUGGAGGGAUAGGAUACGAGGAGGGGAGAUUGGUGUAGUGUUUUAUAUGAUAUAAUAAAGGCUAAUCUUUGUCUGAAACAGCCCCCUAACCCUGCCCAAAAACACAAAAUUAACCCCUCCCAAAAUGGAUAUUCUUUACUGGGUUUGAAACUACCUAAAACUUGAAUGAAAAUGGAUAGAUCGUUUAGAGUCGUUAUUUGUGUGUUUAAAAAUCAUUGGUGAGCUACAGUACUCUACAUUCAUUCUAUCCCCCCAACACCCUCCAUGUUUAUCUCCAUAUAAUACUGGUCGAUUGGAGGAAAGGAAGUUGCCAGGCAGGACUGUUCUGUUGUUAAGGGAAACACUUAAGGCUGUGCAUGUUACUCAUGGGAGCUGUUUCAGACGCGGAGGAGCCUUCGCCAGGUGCAAUCUAACUGGACAUGAAACAUUAAGGACCCCCUGGCCAACCAUCAGCCCGACCCACAUCCUCUUUCCUCGUCCGCUUUUUCUUUUUUUUAAUCAUCCUCUUUCCAGUUUGUGUCUCGUAAAAAGUAAUUUUUUUCGAUCUUCGUCUUCAAAAGUCAACGGAUUGAAGCACGUUACACACACACACACACACACACAUACAAACAUAUACAAACACAAAAUCAAGUAUUUCUCACACACUCACGCAUGCAUCCAUCGUCCUUAACGAUGUGUAAGGGGAACAGCGGUCACACACUCACCUCGAUUCAAACGACCGAGCUCCUCCGAAAACAUACUGUCCUUUAAAAUGUGGUUUCACCUUGUCUAAAAGUGACAUCUCACUGCCUCAGACAGAUCACCCCCAUUUCCAAUCAAAAUGAGGUUGAGGUGUGCAGGAGGGUGUUUGGCACUGCUUUCUUAGUUUUUAUUGGCUAGAAUCAGAUGUCACUCUUGUUUGGUUUUCUAAACCAAUUGUUUGUUUUCAAGGUUGGACUUGGAUGUGAUUGUUGUUCAACUUUUAAUUCUGUACAGCACAGGGUAAUUCUGAUAAUUGAUGAUGUCACAAUGUUUUUUUAUCUGUCCUAUAUCAUAAUAUUGAUCAUUAAUGGUGUUAUCUUUUUUGAAGCCAUACUCAGUUUCUUACCCGAGAGUCACAGGAAAGGAUUUCAAAGUAACUUUUGAUGUUGAAGAAUGAUGGUGUCAAACCGUUGUCUAAUCUUCCACAGGGGACAUUAAGUGGUCCCUGGUGUGUUUUAAACCCAUACAGGUUUGGUGCCAAGGGUCACUAAAUAUUUUGGGUCACAUGGAGCUACAGUUGACAUCCCUAUCCUGGACUGUUUGCUUUACAGUAGGAUGUCACUUAGCUGAACUAUUGGUGUCAAAGGUGGAAGCGGCUCAUGUUUUUGGCCAGAUUAUCCAUCGCCACAGUUGUCAACGUGUAAUUGUCAUUCAUAACACAUUGGUGUGUGUUUCUGUGCAACACACUCCUGAUUUGUUAAUCAUUAAGGGCUGUUUUCUCUGGACUUGUAUCUUGGCCCUGAUGCCAGUAAUUAGUUAUGCCCCCCCCAGUUGGUUAUGUGCACAUGCAUAUAUAUAUAUUUUGAUGAAAAAGCUGAAAUGUUCCACUUAUAAGACCAUUGAAAAGACAGAACUUGAUUGAAAGUAAAUGACCAGUCUUGAAUGAAUGGCUGAAUGUACCAAGUCCCCUACUGCUAUCCCUUGUCCAAGUCGGUA